AUGGCUCAAAACCUCCAUCACUUUGAUAUUCCUCUGCUCUUUAACUGGGAUCCCGGCAGUGUGCGGUUUACUGCCUGCUGCUGUCCGAACAGCUGGGGACAUUACAGAGCCAUGCCACUCAACGUCGUCUUGGAUGGGCCGGCCCCCUGGGGUUUCCGCCUGACCGGAGGGAAGGACUUCAACCAGCCCCUGACCAUCUCCAGGAUUACACCGGGCAGUAAGGCAUCCAAUGCCAACUUGUGUGCUGGUGACGUCAUCCUGGCCAUCGAGGGAGUCCCAGCCGCAGACAUGCUGCACUGUGAAGCCCAGAGUAAAAUAAAGGAGUCCACCCAUCAGCUCUGUCUCACUGUUGAAAGGAAUGAAUCCAGACUGUGGUCCCCACGUGUGGUGGAGGACGGCCGAGCUCACCCGUUCAAAAUAAACCUGCAAGCAGAGCAGCAGGAAUAUAAACCGAUUGGCACUGGGCACAACCGAAGAGCUCAGCCGUUCGUUGCGGCAGCGAACAUUGAUGAGAAGCGGCAGGUGGUCAGCACAUCUUACAAUACCCCCAUAGGCCUUUACUCCUCAGGCAAUAUCCAGGACGCCAUGGAGGGCCAGAUCCGAGGCCUGGUGAACCCAAAGUCCGACAGUCCCAGAACUCUGACCAGUAUUGAGGAUUCUGAUGUGUACCAGAUGUUGCAGAAGGACCAGGAGGAGCCCCAGGAGCCUCGGCAGUCUGGCUCCUUCAGAGCCCUGCAGGAUUUUAUUGACAGUGAUGGCACUCGUCCCAUUGUGACGCGGACGGUGAAAGCCCCCACAACUAAACCGGCACCACCUACAGGAAACCUGCAGAAACUGCCUGUCUGCACCAAGUGUGGGAAUGGGAUUGUUGGGACAGUGGUGAAAGCUCGGGACAAAUAUCACCACCCUGGAUGCUUUGCGUGCUCCGACUGUGACGUCAACCUGAAACAGAGGGGCUACUUUUUUGUGGAGGGGCAGCUGUACUGUGAGACUCACGCCCGUGCCAGAAUGAGACCACCAGAAGGACACGACCUGAUCACCACAUUUCCCUCUGCCUAGAUUCCCACUGAGAUAAAUGUAAACAUUGAAGUGUCUGUGUUUAAUGUAUGUACCUGUUUGUGCCUAACUGUCUGAUCAGUGUGAUGCAUACCGAGAAGCUUGGACCUGUAAAACCACGUUUUGUAGAUGAAAAAUGAUAGUUUGUGUGAAUGAAAAGAUCAAAGGUAUAUACAAAAUGAGUUUCAAAUAUUCUUCCCGACAAAGAUUGCAUGGGACUGAUCACAGCGAAAUUACAUGGGAGAAUGUUUUCCUCCAUUUCAAAUUGCACUCCCUUCUGGCCCAAUUUCUGAAAAACACCUGCUAAAGGGCCGUCUCCGGAUCCAAAACGUGUGCUCAUCUACCAAGUAACAUGUAGGUAAAAGGAUCCACAAACAGCAGGAGGAACAAAAGCAAUCAAUAACCAUUCAUAUGUUCUCCUUAUUUUCUUCUUUUAUUGCAAACUGCAUUCAUCAAUUAGUCCAGAUUAGCCUGUAUAGAUUCUCCUUAAGAUCCCAGUUUCUACAUAGUGGACCCACACAAACAUUUUCACUUAUCGUGCCUUAUUAGAUUACUCGGCUUCUUGAUUUUCUUUUUGUGUGUAGAGUAGCUACUUGAUUAAUUUUUAUCAGCUCCACUGUACAUGCUAGACUCAGUAAUAUUUCUUUCUCAGAACUCAUCUCCAUCCUGAGAAGAGGUUUAAUCAGAGGGCUUGCAAACACCCAAGUGAGUGUGCACGGUCCCAAAUGUUUAAUCUGAGAUUUAACAUGCUAAUAGUGAGAAGGAGGCAUGUGUCACAGGCACAGAGUGACCUGAAUUACAAAAGCUGACAGAAAAGCCAGCGCCAUUUUGUGCGUGCUUAUCUGAAACCCAUUAUGCUCAAGCAUAAAUGCAUCAUCACCUGCAGCAACCAGCCGGCAAUACCGACUACCGUUUUCUGUUUGACUGCCAUGACUAAACUGGUGGAUAAACCCUUUGUGAAAUGCUCAAUGGUGUAACUUCUUGGACAAACGUUCUUUGAAAGAGCAGUCAGCCCUGUAACCUACACCCAAAUGACAUAUGUUUAAAAAGAACAAAUUAAUAAAAGAGAAAAGGGAGAAAAGGGCAGAAGAGCAUUGAAUACAGAGCUGUUUCUCUUUUUAUGCGGAAAAUGAAGUGGAGUUUGUCAAUCGAUUCUCAAAAAUGCAUCCCUUCUGAUAUUACAAUAAAUCUACCCAAAGUGAAAUAUUCAGUGAUUUUUUAUUCUCUUACUUAAAAAAAUGGACUGAACAAAUAAUACAAAUAAAUGAUAAUAAACAAUUUGUCACUUAUGCAAAUGCUUUCUUAUUAAUAUACAAUUACAGUAUAUCAAUGGCACCCCUCUAAAAUAAAUGCUCACAACCAAACAAACCUGAAUUUACCAACAACGCAGUGUUUUUUUAUGUUAACCAUCUGUUUAAUAUUCGGCUGGCCCUAGUUUUACUACUGAAUCCACUUAAUUAUGGCCUAAUAUAGUACAUUUAGUCCAGAACAAAUCAAUACUCUUCUGACAAGCCAAUGAAGAAAUAAUCCAUACGGACGGAAAGCCGAUGCAUAGAUUUAGAGAAGGACUUAAGUGCUUUCUCUUAUGAAAACGCAGAAGCUAAAUCCAUUAGCAAAGAAUGGCAAAACUUAAUUGGUUUCAAAGCUUUUGUUAAUUUUGGUAGAUCGGCCUGCAGACUAUCCUCAUCCUGAGGAGAAACUUUGUGACAGAAGAACAGAUCUAUGCUCAAUCAUGUCAGACAGCUAAAGAAACAAUUAUUGACUCAAUGCUGAAUACACCAUCAAUAGCUUACUAAAAAUGGAGGGCCACAGCUAAUGCCCCAGUCCCCAGGCUCCUCACGUACACGCAAAGUAAACCCCUGGUCAACAGGAAGAGCUUUUCAAAACCUGAGCACCGGUGCAAUCACUGCAAAAGAAAAGAGCGGUAAUCACAAUGUGGAAACAAAGACUAACCAGGGAGGGGAAGAAUCCCUUUCAUUUCACUUUUGGAUCAAACGGUGGCACCGCUCAGCAACUACCGUUCCAUCUAGGUAAUGUCAGCCCAAAUUAGAAGUAGCGCUUGUAAAGAGAUGUAAAGAAACACAUCUCCUCCCAUUGUCACUCCUGUAGUUUUUAUUGGUAUGUCUGGAGACAGCGUAUUGCUUUGGAAAAUACUCAAAGCAGAAGACAAAGCAUUUUUCUCUAAGAAUAGAGUGUUUAAAUGGGACCUCCUUUUGCUUUUACAGAUGCUUAAAGAUCACAUCCCUGUCUUUUACAGACAAGGCAGACGAGACUUUACACUGCCUGACUGGUUAGUGGAUCAUCACUUUGAUUAAUUGAGUAUCUUAUAGGGUGUCAGAAAAUAUGGAAACAUCAUUAAUUGUUGAAAUAUUUUAAGCAAUGUUAGUAGCUCAGAAAUUCCUCCAAUGAAUCACCCCUUUGCGGUUCUGAGAUGAUGAGAUGGCUUUUUCCAUUUAUUAAAGCUCUGUAACCUGUACAGAAACUCACUCCAGCCUUUUUUUCUUGGAAAAAACAACUUUUGUUUCAGAACAUAAAUAGCUGCAAUUUUUAAAUGCAUCAAAUAAUUCAAAUAAUUAUUUGGAAGCAUUAAUGGCAUCAUGA